UUCUCGGAACACGGGCCUUUCUUUUUUUUUUUUUUCAGUCAGUCGACAACAAACCCACCCAUGCACACAAGAUUGAAUCUUGUUUGUUUACUCUCUCUGUCUCUUUCUCUCUCUAAAACCAUUCCUUUGAAUAAAGAGAAAAAGAAAACCUUAUUUUCGUCACCAUUUUCAGACACUAUAAACAGACUUACGGACACGGAUCCAAUUUGGACACUUCUCUUGGGAGGUUUCGUGUUCUUCAAUCUUUCUCCCUCACUUAAUGCUUUCUCUUCUCCCUUCUGUUGCUAUUGUUGUUAUUUCACCUUCUGAAUCAAUCAUGUUCUCAAAAGUUGCUUUCUUUAUUUCACCUUUUUAGGGAAAAAAAAAAAGAAAAUUAUGAUCGUCAUCAAGAAAGAAAGUGAAAGGCCAAAAAAACUGUCUCAGCCUUUGCUUUAUGUGUUUUCUUUCACUCCAAACACACACAGUUUCUUUCUCGAGAGUUUGAAGAGAGAAAAAUUUUCCCUGGAAAGUUUAGAAAGAACUCUCAAUCAUCGUGUAUUCAUCAUUCAAAAAGUAAAAAGUUCCUUACUUUUUUAGGGUUUUUAAUUUUCAUCUUCUUACCCAAAUUCCUCUUCUGAAAAAUGAGUUCUGCGCUGAAUUUUCAAAUUUAGUUCCACAAUGUCGAAUUUCGGAAGUGCCCAUCUCGCUAAAUCACCCUCCGUUUCUAUUGGGCAUUUUCUCAAACACCUUGUCUGCACUUGAAUUUUUCCACCAUUUUCUUUUUCCCUUCUUCUUCUUGUUCUUCUCAAAAUGGGUUGUGUCCAUGGAAAGUGCUGUAGUCGCUACCCUUCGUCCUCCAACGGAGAUUCUGGAGAAUUCCCAGCAAACGAUCCGUACAGUUUCCAGAGAAAACACCUUCUAACGGAGCGCUCAUUGGAGUGCGUUUCCGUCCCUUCUCACGACUUCCGUUUGGAGUACUCUGUUCUCUCACAGCGAGGCUAUUAUCCGGACUCACUCGAUAAGGAGAACCAGGACAGUUUCUGCAUCACAACCGAGCUCCAAGGUAACCCCAACAUCCAUUUCUUUGGUGUGUUUGAUGGGCACGGACAAUUCGGUACCCAAUGUUCCAAUUUUGUCAAGGACAGAGUCGUCGAAAUCCUCUUGGACGACCCGGCAUUGCUCGACGACCCCGCCAAGGCCUACAAUGCGGCUUUUCUGGCCACGAACGCCGAGCUCCACAACCACCGCGAGAUCGACGAUUCGAUGAGCGGGACCACUGCGAUCACGGUGCUCGUCGUUGGCCACACGCUUUUCAUCGCCAAUGUGGGCGAUUCGCGGGCGGUUAUCGCGGUUAAAGACGGGAACCGGGUAGUUGCUGAGGACCUCUCCCGUGAUCAGACGCCGUUUAGGAAGGAUGAGUAUGAGAGGGUUAAGCUUUGUGGGGCCAGGGUUUUGAGUGUUGAUCAGGUGGAGGGGAUUAAGGAUCCUGAUAUUCAGAGCUGGGGUGAUGAAGAGAGUGAGGGUGGUGAUCCUCCAAGGCUGUGGGUGCAGAAUGGGAUGUACCCUGGCACCGCGUUUACGAGGAGCGUUGGUGACAGGACGGCGGAGAGGAUCGGCGUGGUUGCUGAUCCUGAGCUGUCAGUUGUUGAGCUCACACCGAACCAUCUCUUCUUUGUUGUUGCAAGUGACGGGGUGUUUGAGUUCCUCUCAAGCCAGGCUGUUGUAAACAUGGCUGCGAAGUAUACAGAUCCUCGGGAUGCUUGUGCUGCUAUUGCUGGUGAAUCUUAUAAACUAUGGUUGGAACAUGAAAACCGGACAGACGAUAUAACAAUUAUCAUUGUUCACAUCAGAGGCUUGAAUUCUGCAGCUGGAAUUACAGAUGGAUCAAGUGGGAUCAAUAGUAGAGCUCCAUUAAGGAAAGGGAAAGGAACUUCAGACAUAUCUGCGGCAACUGGGUCAGAUGUUUAUCGCUCAGUACGAAGCGAUCCCUCAGAUCUACAGUCCUGUCAGUACCACGUCUCGAUGAAUCGAAGCCCAGCUAUUGUUGUUCCAUCUCCCACAUGUCAAAGGCCCUUGGAAGUGUGACUGAACUGACAGUUCUUUGUGAAGCUGCCUCUCACCGCAUCGACAUUUAAUCCAAGCGAAUGUGGAUGAGCAGUGCAGUUACAACUGGCAGCGAAAGUUGUUAGUCCUAUGUUUACGAUAUUGUUACUAAUCACUAGUCCGUUGCUAAUGUUACUUUGUCACACGGUUUCUGAGUAUACAUUACCAGUGCCUCGAGGAGAAGAAAUAAUUGCUCUCCUUCAGCUGUAGCCUUGCGUCCACUAAUCCCACAAGUGUAGAGACAGAGCAAAUAUGAUUUGUAGAGUCUCACAAUCAACUUCUCUCGCAGGAGGUUGGAAGUUGGUCAUGUAGUUGCCAGGGUUUGGUUGUAAAAUGUUUCUUUUGCUACACGGCAUUCUGCGAAAAACAAUGUACAAAAAUUAAGCUUAGGUUUUGUUGGUUUAUGCAUUGACUAGUUCAUGGGCAAUAACAAGGGAAAUCAUGGUUGUAAUGAA